GUACCGAUAUUUGUGGCAGGACGAACUGCAUCACUCUGAGCCAAAGCCGAAACAUCCAACCAGACCAAAACACUGAAUCUUGACAGUGUGGCAGGUGACUGAAUUAGUACAAACUGCACUCUAUGCUUCUUAAUACCAGGAAUACUAGGUGACAGGUGACGGCUGGAGCACGGUGAUGAAGGUGCGGCAGGACGGUGGUGAUGUGCCAGGGGUGCCAGGGCAGGCCAGGAUGCAACAGGAGACCAUCACCCUGGUGCCCCAUGCGCCCUGCCACAGUGACCCAGAGGAGGAGCUGGUCACCAUCACCACGCAGGCCACCCAGGGGCCGCGCCAGGCUCGUGACAGGGUGGUGGUGCAGGCUGUGCCGGGCAUCCUGGUGACGGACAUCAGUGCUGGUGCCCGUACUGCCGCCUCACAGAGUCUGGAUGGUGCCACGUUGCCAGGGGUGUCUGCCUCAGACGUCCCCCGUUACACCACCACUCCUUGUGUGCCUCGUGACACUCCAGCCAAGCCUUCCACUGGCCUAUCGUGGCGUAGAGGCGUGGUGGCCAGACGGGGGGCCCGCUCCAGGGACCAUACUGUGAAACACGCCAACGCCAACAACAAUGACAGGGUAACGGCAUCCCCAAGCAGCCCAGUGGGGCAGGGUGCUGGUGUGCGGGGGGACUUAGUACCUGAGAAGGGCGCUGCAGUCACACCAAACAAUCUCACCUGUGACUCCAGAAGCACACUCACCACCUCCCCACAGCUUGCACUCCCUGCCACCCCUGCCCACAACCUCCCUGCCAGACCGUGUGGUGUGCGGAGUCCCUGUCCUGAUGAAGGCCCCAUCACACCCCCAACCACCUGUUCCUUCUGCAGGCGUGUGUCAAACAUCCUCACUAUUCUCAACCUGAAGGCACCUCUGCCCCACAGCCUGCUGGAGCCUGCCUCCCUCCUGCAGUGCCUGGGGCUGACCCUUCCAACAGAUGCCAUACUCACUGAUGGUGCCGGCCUAGCCACGCUGUGCCAAGAGUGCCACGCCCUGCUGUGUGAGGGGGACCAGGCCUACCACCACCUGAUGGAGGUGGUGGUUGGCAUGAAGCAGCGCUGGGCCGGCCUGGAGGCCAGGGUGCCACCAGUGCCAGCAACACAUCAGAAAGGGAACAAGAAGCAACAAGCACUUGUUGAGUCUAGCCUGGAGGCCAGGGUGCCACCAGUGCCAGCCACACACCAAGGCAGCAACAGUGACCAGCAUGCACCAGUAGGGGCUUUGCCUGUCCCACCCCAGAGUACCAGGAGGCUGCGGCGCAUCUUACCCAAACCAACAAGUGCCAUAUCCUGUGGGUUGUGUGGGGCACACCUGGCCAGGCUGGAGGAGUGGCACCUGCACACCACCACACACCAUAGGCUCAGCCCCAGGUGGAGGAGUCCCAGGCUGCAGGCUGCCCUCAAGGUGUGUCUGGCCAGGGAGGCGCAGCAGGGCAGUGGGCUACAGGGUGCACGGUGUUGCCCAGCCUGCACUCACUCCUUCCCACAGCAGGAGGAGUUUGUAGACCACCUGCGGGGCCAUCACGGUAUGACUGUGGACAAGGACUUCCUGGCAUGUAUUGGUGGUGGUGCUGCGGGGGCGGAGCGGUUCAUGGCGGGGCAGUGGAGGGGUGGUAGUGGAGGUGCGUGGAAGGGGAAGGAGGAAGAGGCGGAGGAGGUUGUAAAAGAAGAGAUAGAGGAAAGAGAGGAAAUAAUGAAAGGUGAGGAGUUAAUAGAAAAGAAUAAAAGAACAGUGAAAGAUGGAGAACAAGAGAAGGAGAUGGAGGAGCAAGAGGAGGAGGAGGAGGAGGAGGAGGAGGAGGAGGAGGAGGAGGAGGAGGAAGCGAUAGAAGAAGAGGAAGUAGAGGAAGAGGAAGAAUUAGAGAGCAAAGUAAACAGCCUCCUGGAGAAACAGCAAACAAAGCCUUGCAUGGAAGAGUGUGGCAUGGAGUCUGAGGGCCAUGGGGCACACACUAUGCAGGGGCAGGGUGGUGCGGGGUUGGGGCGUGGGGUCAGGUGGAAGUGUCGGGUGUGUGCGGCGGUGUUCCUCUCGCAGCGGGAUCAUGAUGCACACAAGACUGCCACGCACCCCGGCUCAGUGAGGGCCAGGCGCGGCAUCAUACGGCCAGCUGCACCACACCAGCCUUCCAGGAGGGGCAGACCAGUGGAUGGAGACCACCAGGAGCAGGAGCAGCCUGCUGUGGCCUGCCAGGAGGGUGCCAUUGUCAUCCUGGAAGGCGAUGGGCAAGGGGGUGUGACCCACCACCGCCUGCAGCCCAGUACCACCACAGAGGACCUGAAGGGGCCAGCCCAACAGAACACCCUGCCCGUGACGGCAGGUGCUGUCAGCUUGCCCUGUCCAGUCUGCACGGAGGUAUUUGGUGACCGGCUGUCGCUGGUGCGGCACCGACGCUCAGCACACCCCCAGGCAGGGCCGGGGAAUGGAGUGGUAUUGGUGGAGUGUCCACUGUGUGGCCGCCGCCUGGCUGGGUCCCCCGCCCUGCAGCACCACAUGGCCAGAGUUCACCGCCACCCCUCGCACCCCCCUCUGCGCUAUCGGUGUCGCCUGUGCCUGUGCCAGUGCCACACACGGCCUCAGCUAGAGCGACACAUGCGGGAGCGCCACGGGGCACCACCGCCGCCACCCCCGGUGCAGUGUGGGCGGUGCGGCAAGACGUACAGCGCGCGCUACAUUGACAGCCAUCUGGCCAACAUGCACGGGGAUGUGACACGCUUCCCCUGUGCCUUCUGCCCCAUGAAGUUUGGAACACGCACCGGCCUGCGGGCACACGUGUCUCUGGAACACGCCAACACCACCUGGGCAUGCCAGGAGUGCCCGCUGCAAUUUGCCAAAUACCACCAGCUGCGGCAGCACCGGCUGUACGUGCACAGCCACGCCGAGCACCGCUGCUCGCUGUGUCCCCGCUCCUUCAAGCGCCGCUGUGACCUGACAGAGCACACCAAGCGCCGCCACCAGGAGCGGCAGCCACAAGAGUGUUCCUUCUGUCCCAAAGUGUACAGCGACAGGAAGCGCCUGCGUAUCCACCUCAUGAGGAAGCACAGCGUGGCCUGGGAGGACACUCUGGCUCGAGGCUAUGCCCGCCGCCAGAGGGAGAACAACUGUCUGCGCCGCCGCCACCACCACCAGCACCAGCAGCCCCGCAGCCCACAGGAGGAAGAGCAGCAGGCCGCAAGGGAGGACAGGGAAGGGUGCCAGGGGGGCAUGCUAGGGAGGCAACCGGAGUACAGUGUGGUGCAGCUCACCGAGGCACCACACCCCCUGGCAGACACCAUCAGCUACAUCAUCCUGGAGGAGACCUAGGUCACUCCCCCCCCACCUUACUUGGCCUCACUAGGGGCAGGGUGUGCAGCAACAGGUGAGCAGACACCCUGACACACCACACAUGCUGCAUACCACACAUCUCCCCCGCCCUCCAGGAAGUGAUGGUGUUGGUCUGGUGUUGUAGUGACUGCUACAGGUGUCUCAUGGCCACCACUCUAUUCAAUAAUGGUUGUGUUAGAUUGUAAUUUUAUUACAGUUUGUUUUAAAUCUGUU